AUGGCAAAGCGGUCCAGGAAGAAGAAGCAGCAGCCGGCGGAGAACCUUCCCGACGAUCUCCUCGUGGAGGUCCUGGCGCGGGUGCCCUACAGAUCGCUCUGCCGCUUCAAGUGCGUGUCCAAAGCAUGGCGCGCCCUCUGCUCCGACCCCGGCCUCCGCCGGAAGAGGUCGCCGCAGGCCCUAUCGGGCUUCUUCUGCUACGCUCGCGGCGGCUGGAAGAACAAGCUCCGCUUCCUCAACCUGUCGGGCCGAGGCCGGCCCCUCGUGGACCCCGGCCUCCCUUUCCUGCGCGGCGCGUGGGACGGGAGCGUCCAGACCGUGGACUGCUGCGGCGGCCUCCUCCUUUGCGAGUGCUGGAAGAGGUCGUGUACGACCAGCUCCGACGCCGACGCAGAGUACCUUGUGUGCAAUCCAGCUACGGAGGAGUGGACUGUCUUGCCUGCUCUCGAGGAGCUGCUUCAGCCGAGGAACAUCAUCCGUCUGGGUUUCGACCCGGCCGCUCCCUCCCGCUUCGCCGUGUUCGUGCUCGUGCGGGACGACGGGAUCACCAGAGUGGAGAUCUUCUCAUCGGAAACCGGAAGGUGGACUUCCAAGGAGAGCGAAUGGGGCGACCUCACCAGCGUGGUCGAUCAUAAUGGUUCACUCUCUCUCUUCUUCGGUGGCACGCUGCAUCUAACUACCCACGAUUCUUCGGUGAUCAUGGUGGAUGCGGAAGGGAAUACUUGGCGGAAAAUCCGAAUGCCGCUCACCGUAGCAGACACCUCCGAUUAUGGUUAUAUUGGGCAAUCUCAGGGACGCCUGUAUGCAAUGCAUAUGGAUUACACUAAUGGUAAUCGCCAGCUCUCAGUCUGGGUUCUUGAAGAUUAUGCCAGUGGGCAGUGGACUCUGAAGCAUACCGCCAGCAUGUCGGAAUUGAUAGGCCAUGAUGAGUUGUGA